AUGGCGGUCACAUCUCUCACAACACUGGCUGUCUUUGUUCCAGUCCUCGUGAUUGGCAGCUUGGCCUGGAGGAUAAUCCACAGCCUUUACUUCCAUCCCCUCUCCAGGUUCCACGGCCCGUGGUACGCAUCGUCCUUCUCUAUCGUCCAUGCACUUGCUUCUACCUUGCAAAUCGAACACGAAUGGCUUCUUCAACUUACCAAGCGCUACGGUGCUUCCCAACCGAUUCGAAUCGCUCCAAACCUACUCCUCUUCCCACAACCCUCGGCCGUCAAGGAGAUCUACUGGGACCAGAGGUGCAACAACAAGGGCCUGUUCUACGGGAGCGGCGCCCUGGGACCCCCGCAUCUGUUCACGACGCUGGACGGCGACCAGCACAGGGACCUGAGGAAGGCGCUCGGCGGGCCGCACUACACCAUCGGGACGCUCAAGAAGCACUGGGAGCCGAGGUUCGACGACCUCAUCCUGACGGCUCUCGAAAAGUGGGGCGAGCUGGCGGAGAGGGACGAGACCAUACUGUUGGGUGACAAAGUCGCUGAGUUCGCCGCCGACAUCAUGACCAUGGUAUCCUUCUCGGAGACGUGGGGCUUUGUGCGCAACGGCCGCGACGAGCGGGAGCUCCUGAAGCGUUGGCGCGCCGGCUUGCCCUACUUUGGAUUCGUGAACCGGUUCCGCUGGUUCCGCGACGUGGUCAUGAAGUCCUCGUGGGGCGUCUACUUCCUGCCUUCCUCGUCUGACAAUACGGGAAUGGGCUUCUUCAUGCGCGAGGCAGACAGGCAGGUUUCCACUCGGGAGGGCAGGAUGGAGAAUGAACAAUACUCGCAGGAUUGUCCGGAUUUUCUGCAACACUGUCUCGAGGCCCGCAUCGGGACCAACCCGCUCUCGCCAGUACAGAAGCGCGCCCACGUCACGCUCCUGUUCCAGGCCGGCGCCGACACGACGGGCACGGCGCUGGGCUGCACCUUUCGCUUCCUGGCCACGAACCCAGACAUCCUCUCGCGGUGCCAGGCCGAGAUCGACGCCGCCGACCAGGCCGGCAAGCUGUCCAGCCCCAUCAUCCAGUUCGAGGAAACGCGCGCGCACUUGCCGCUGGUGGUGGCCUGCAUCAGGGAGUCUCUGCGCCUUCAGCCGCCGGCGCCGACGCUGUUCCCGCGCAUCACGCCGGGCCUCGGGGGCGGUGGCGGCGGCGGCAAGAAGAGCAGCACCGACUUCAAGGUCAUCGACGACGUGGUGCUGCCGGCCGGGUUCGAGAUCACGACGCACCCGUACGUCGUGCAGAGGGACCCCGUCUUGUAUGCGCCCGACCCCGAGGUGUUCCGCCCAGAAAGGUGGCUGGAGGCCGCGCCGGAGAAGCUGAGCGAGAUGGAGGCCGGCCAGUUUACGUUUGGCGUCGGGCCGAGGGUGUGUUUGGGCAAGGACGUGGCGUACAUGGAGUUGUAUAAGCUGGUGCCGCAGGUUUUGCGCACUUUUGACAUUGAACUGCAGCGCAAAGGGAGAUUUGUGGUCGCCGGAGGAGUGGCGUACAACCACGACUUUGCAGUGAAGCUACAUGUGCGGAAGCGGGGUGAGGUAUGA